UCCUGCAUUGCAGGCAGAUUCUUUACCCACUGAGCCACCUCUUGUGAAGGCAUUGCCCUGUUUUAGGAAGAUGAAGUUGGAUACUGUCUUACCUCUUGGUCCCCUGCCUUGGGGCUUCUUUAAUGCAGCACGAGGAACCAAAGUGUGCUGAUGUACAACUUGAAAGGAAAGGCCAUACACCACCAGUGGGGGAUAGGAGCCGAGCCAGAAUGGAGAUCUUGAGGGUCAUGUCAUGGUACCUCUGGCGAGGUGAGCUAGUUAACUCAUCCUCAGAUUGCCUAUGUUUUUUCUUUCCUGUUUCACAGUCCUGGUUGAUUCCUGGAUGACAUUGCCAGUAAACUACCUGUUUGCAAGCAGUUGUCUUAGGCUCUACUUUCUUGGAAAUUAAAGUAACAAUAAUACCUUCAAAACACAUCUUGAAUUUGACUGCUUCUCAUCACCCCUGCCGCUGCCAUCCAUGUUCAAACCACAGUCAGCGCCCGCCUUAGUCAUCCACUAACUGCUUCAUUGUCAGUGCCCGCAGUCAUCUCCGAGGUGCUCUCUGCUUUGAUUGUUGUCCCUAUAGUCCAUCUUUGGCACAGCACCCAGAGGAAGAAGUUCCCCCAAGGCCCUCUCAGAUCUGUCCCUUUUUCUUCUCUGGCCUCCCCUCAUACCUCUGUGCCUCUUUCUGGACAAACUUGUGCCUGUUGCUCUUCAAGGACCCCAGGUGCACGUCCACCUCAGGGCUCUUGCUGUCUUCUGUCUGGAACACUUCCACUUCAUAGCUCACUCUCACCGUCUUUUCCUUCCCAGAAAUGACUGCCGCAGUGAGGAGAUUCUGACUGUCCUCUUUAAAAUAACAACCACUCCCUACACCUUCUAUCUCCUUUCCCUGCUUUAUUUUUCCACAUUGCACAUAACAUAAUUAAUGUGCUUUCAUCUUGACUUGACUUCUCGUCUCUUUUCUCCAGUAACUGUCAGCUUUGUCAGGGCAGGGAAUUGUGUCUUUUUCUUUUCAUUAUUGCAUACUUGGGCAGAACCUGUUACCUGGUAGGUGUUUCCAAAUAAUUGUUUAGUUAAGCCAAUAAGUGAAUGCUUAUUUUAGAAAAUAUAGUUCUGACUGUAGUAUAAGAUGGUUAGAGGAAGGUAGGGCUAGAGAUUGGGAGCCUAUUGCAGACCACCAGGUAAGAAAUGAUGAGGGCUACAUUUGGAAUCUUUUAACAAUAUCAGUAGAGAGUUAAGGAAGGAUUCCAAAAAAAUUUAGAAGAUUGAAAUGACUGUAUUGCUAAUGGAUUGGAUAUAAUGGAUACAGAGAGGGAGACAUCUAGGAAGAUUCCUGGGUUUUUAUUUGGCAGCUGUGUGGAUGAUGAGCAUGUUUAUCAGAAAGAAACUGAAGACAGUUUAGGUUUAGAAAGAACAAGAAUAGGCCGGAGAGGCUUCAGGAAGGAGGAAGAAGAACUUCAGAUUUAAAUAUGUUGAGUUUGGUGUAUCAGCAAGACCUCUUAGCAUGAAGUGUUAGAGAUCUCAUAGUCAGUUGAGAUAAAAGGACUAGAGCUCAGAAAAGGGUACUUGUGCCUAGUAAGUGGAUUGUGUCUUGAGAUGGGCCUUACACAAAUCAAACAAGGGAAAACCUCACACUACUGCAUGUUCUUAUAGGAGUAUAGGAAUUCCUAACUGUUGCCAGGGGGGAAAGUGGCUCUUUAAAAAAAAAAAAAAUUUUGAAAGAGAAAUCAUUGAAAAAGAGGAAAGAAAAAAAGGAAAUGUCUGAUUCAUUUUUGUUGGUACAUUUUGAAGUAAUGAAAACAGCAUUUAGCUUCAGUGAAGUGUCUAAGUACCUCUAGAAUACAAAAAAACUUAACCUUUAGCUUGCCCUGGCUAGCCUCAAACACUCCAUUUUACUUUCACAGCCAUCUUCUUUCAUUGAAAACACGCUGAAGUACAUUUUUUUUUCCUUUAGUCACCGGAAAUUAGUACGUUCUUUACUAAAACAUCCAGAAUGCAUGUAAUGAAAAAUGUUUAAUGUUUCGAGCAAGAUUUCUGGUAUAUAUGUAUCUAUUGAGUAAUAUAAGUUUUAAGUGAUUGUGUUCUCCACUUACAUGCUUUUCACCUAUUUUGAAGCUCAGAUUUUUGCCAAUAGCUUUCAUACCUCUGGUGAUUUUUAUUACCUUAUUUAGUAGAGGAGAGUAAAGCAUCUUGAACUGGUCUUCAGCCUAGACAUUUAUUUAACAAUUUGAUUUCCCAAGGGGCAACACUGUUGGAAGAGAUUACUAUACACAAAUCUCUGGGCCGAGAGUGGAUAGAGAUGAGAAAGAUACUGCCAAGGAAAUUUAUAGAAACAAAAACCAAAUCACUCUGCGCUGUGAUCAUCUUGUAGUUGCAAACUUCCCUGAUAACAUGCUUUUGCGAAGUUCAGGAAAAUUAAGUGUGGGCACCAAGAAAGAGGAUGGUGAGAGUACAGCCCCCACCCCUCGUCCAAAGAUCUUGCGAUGUAAAUGCCACCACCAUUGUCCAGAAGACUCGGUCAACAAUAUUUGCAGCACAGAUGGAUAUUGUUUCACGAUGAUAGAAGAAGAUGACUCUGGGAUGCCUGUGGUCACUUCUGGAUGUCUAGGACUAGAAGGCUCAGAUUUUCAGUGUCGGGACACUCCCAUUCCUCAUCAGAGAAGAUCCAUUGAAUGCUGCACAGAACGGAAUGAAUGUAACAAAGAUCUGCACCCCACCCUUCCUCCCCUGAAAACCAGAGAUGUUGUUGACGGGCCUGCACACCACAAAGCUUUACUUAUAUCUGUGACCGUGUGCAGUUUGCUCUUGGUCCUCAUCAUUUUAUUCUGUUACUUCAGGUAUAAAAGACAAGAAGCCAGACCUCGGUACAGCAUUGGGUUAGAACAGGACGAAACUUACAUUCCGCCUGGAGAAUCCCUGAGAGACUUAAUUGAGCAGUCGCAGAGCUCAGGGAGCGGAUCAGGCCUCCCUCUGCUGGUCCAGAGGACGAUAGCAAAGCAAAUUCAGAUGGUGAAACAGAUUGGAAAAGGUCGCUAUGGGGAAGUUUGGAUGGGAAAGUGGCGUGGCGAAAAGGUAGCUGUGAAAGUGUUCUUCACUACAGAGGAGGCCAGCUGGUUCCGAGAGACAGAAAUAUAUCAGACGGUGUUGAUGAGGCAUGAAAACAUCUUGGGCUUCAUUGCUGCAGAUAUCAAAGGGACGGGGUCCUGGACACAACUGUACCUAAUCACAGAUUAUCAUGAAAAUGGUUCCCUCUAUGAUUACCUGAAGUCCACCACCCUAGACACUAAGUCGAUGUUGAAGCUAGCCUAUUCCGCAGUCAGUGGCCUCUGUCACUUACACACUGAAAUCUUUAGCACUCAAGGCAAACCAGCAAUUGCCCAUCGAGAUCUGAAAAGUAAGAACAUCCUGGUGAAGAAAAAUGGAACUUGCUGUAUAGCUGACCUGGGCUUGGCUGUUAAGUUUAUUAGUGACACGAAUGAAGUUGACAUACCACCCAACACUCGCGUUGGCACCAAGCGCUACAUGCCUCCAGAAGUGUUGGACGAGAGCUUGAACAGAAAUCACUUUCAGUCUUACAUCAUGGCCGACAUGUACAGUUUUGGACUCAUCCUUUGGGAGGUCGCUAGGAGAUGUGUGUCAGGAGGUAUAGUGGAAGAAUAUCAGCUCCCCUAUCAUGACCUGGUGCCCAGUGACCCCUCUUACGAGGACAUGAGAGAGAUCGUGUGUAUCAAGAAGCUGCGGCCCUCCUUCCCCAACCGGUGGAGCAGUGACGAGUGUCUCAGGCAGAUGGGGAAACUCAUGACGGAAUGCUGGGCUCACAAUCCUGCCUCAAGACUGACAGCCCUACGGGUUAAGAAAACACUUGCCAAAAUGUCAGAGUCCCAGGACAUUAAGCUCUGAGGCAAGAGUAAGUGUCUCUGGACAAAGCCAGUAGAUAUUCUUCUGUUUGUGGGCAGAGCAAAAGAUGUUCCAGCAGCAUCCACCGUCCCAGCCUCGAACAUCCUCCUGCUCCCCAGAGGGUGUAUUCUUACCGCUCAGGGAGCAGCCUGGACAAACAGAAGUUUCCAGAAGCACAGAUUCCUCAUGUCUGUCUGUAGGCGGGAGAAACUGCCUGGGUAAUUUGUUCAAGAUAUGAUGCAUGUUGCUUUCUAAGAAAGCCCGGUAUUUUGGGAUUGCCUUUUUUUUUUCCUCAAAAGAUAAUUUUGCCAAAAUAAAACAAAAAUGUAGAUGUUUCAAGGUAUAUACUAUUUUAGUUUAAAGAAUGACAACUAAAGUUCUUCCCAGAAACUCUGCUGGAAGGUAAAUUAAAAUAAGUGUUUCCAUUGGUAAAAUGUUGUUGCACUCUACCAACCAAAAGACAAUCGUUGAAGCUGGAGAACCGAAUGGAACCCAUCUUAAAAGCCCCCGACGUGCCCCUGCCUCCUCAGACCACUCUGGCCAGGCCUGCACUGGGGCAGCCGCAGCAAUGUGAACGCAUCUGGGUACCGGCGCCGCCUGUGUGGGACCACCUCUGGGGAUUCCCACCCAUGACCUUCUGCAGCUUCAGAGGAUGUGGGACAAAUGAAGGUUUUACGAGACUCUACUAGAAGUAAAUGUUAACACUAUUCUUCAGAACCACUUUGUAUUUCUGAUUCUGUUAGGUUUUUUCUUUCAUUAAACACAAACAAAGCUUUUGUGUGUGUAGGAAGUUGAACCCCUGCAGGCUUUUGAUCUCUCAAAUGAAAGGAUCAAUAUUAAGUAAAGUGGCUGUCAGCUGGGUCGAAGACAAGGCGCUUUAAAAUAGAGAUAAUUUGCUCUUGAGCUGUAACAAGAUGAUGUCAAAAAGGUAGGCGGUGAGGAUGGAGGUACACGUGGCUUGUGUCUUAGGUAUGUGGAAGAGACCUCCUCGGCCGCAUGAGGGGAAAGGUGUGCACAACUUACUGUGUACAAAGAGGGUUUCUUUUAGUUAUUAUCUGCCUUUUCUCUGUCUGAGUUUAGAGGAGAGGAAACAUAUCAGGUUAAUUGAACUAAUUUUAAUUUUAAAUUAGGUAACUAUAACCUCCAAAUGGAACAGCAGAGGAAUGCUAGUGGAGACCACAAGAUAUUAUGGCUGUCGGGACUGAUUCUACAAUAGGUACAGAUGGAGGAUGUAAGUCUUAGGUGAUAGCGUCAUGUCUUAGGAGUGCUGACUCAGUUUAUUUUUACUUUCAUGACGUUCAGCUCACUUUUUAAUUUAUUAUUGUUUUCUUCUCUGUUGCACUUGUGCAGAACAUCUCUCCACCUGUUCAGUUAUGUAGGCACACAAACUUCUGAGCAGCAGGAGUCAAAUCAUUGACAGGGCCAGUAUUCCUUAGCAACAGGAGCAUAAUAAAGGGUACAAUUGUACACAUCCCUCUCAACCUUAUUCAUUUACUUCCUGACUGUGGUUUUCUUAUGCUUCUUAGAAUUCUGUAGUGUGUAGCAAAGAAUUGGGAAGCCCGUCUUCUUUGCCCUUAAAAAAAAAAAGAACAAACCCCCAAACAGCAAUUCUAUUCUUUCCAGAGUACUCCAGGGGGCAGUGUUUUAUAACACAUUUUCAUUUCCCCACUUGGUGGCUGAAGGAUGGAGAGUUUUUGGAAAUGUGACAGCUGCAGGAAAAAUGAGAAAAUAUUUUCCUGACUUCUGAAGUGAGCUUGCAGCUGGUGACUGGUUCCUCCAGAAAGCAUCCGAAGGCAGAGACCGACCGUCUGGGAGAAGCGGUGUUCUGUAUUCAGCAUUCACUCCCCAGUGCUUCAUAAUCACAGCUCCUUUGUGAAAAUAUUUGCUUAAUCCUUGAAUAUGAAAAAAAGUUUCUGCUUUUUCAAAGAUUAAAAACAGUUGGUUCCAAAUAUAAUUAGAAUGCUGCUUUUACUGAUAUUAACAUAACCUGAAUAAUAGUGUAAAUGUUCCCUUUUCUUAGGUCAAAUAUUCUUUGCGAUUGCUUAGAAGGAGUAUCUGGCUAAAGCUAAGUGGGUUAAUCAUCUGAGCCUAGGAGAGAAACUUCAGUGCCUCUAAUCAGAUCAUCUGUAAAACAAAUAAGUAAACAUUUAUGUCAGUUAAGUGGGGGCAUGUUUGUGUUUCUUGAUUUUCCCUAAAUUUAGGUGAUAUUUGGGCUUAGCGCUUAGAUAACAAUGUGGUUUUGUUUUUAAUAAGUUCUUAUACAUGGAUAACUUCAAAUCAGAAUAUACUGUGGAGAGGUGAUGAUUUGAAGGGUAAACUAGAUUUCCAGGGAGGUGUUGGUUCCUGUGAAAAUUGGGAAGAAAUUAAGAUAGUGUCCAAAUUUCUUUCAUAUAAUUUGUUUGGUUGCUUUGGAAAAAUGGAUAGCUUACUUUCUAAUUCCCAACCUGGUAUACUCACUAUGGACAUUAAAAAAUUUUUCCUGGUAUACUUAAAAAGACACAUUAGUUACUGUUGUGUUUUAAUGAUAUAAGAAUUUAUUUAUGAAUAGAUUUUUUUUCCUGUCUUACCAAAAUCCACCUCACUUAGGAAAUAUUAAAUUGUUCUUAAAUAGACUACCUACUCACUUCCAAAUAAUUAAUUUUGAUUUUUAAAUUUCUGGUAGCUCAGAAGUGAAUUUUAUAUUUUUGUUUUGUCUCUCAAUAGAAGAGUGGAGACCUGGAAAUAAUGUAGAUGAUUGCUUACUUUCAGGAUGAUUUCAAAGACUAAAAUUUUCUUCUAACCUUUUCCCUGCAAAGGAAUCCUAAAAUAUUACUUGUUAGCUAAUAUAAGUUUUGUAUGCUAAGAUAUUUGGGUUUAUAGUUUAUGUAUGUGUGUGUAUAUUAUAUAAAUAUAUGUAUAUAUAAAUAUUAUGUUCAGUUUGGAGUCCGGCACAACUCCAUUAUGUGGAUUAGAGAGUAAAAUAUUAUGGAUGAUAAAGUACUAAGUGAAACAUAAUAUUUAUUUAUGAAAAGGUGUAGAUUGUUACAUCACAGGCAGCAGUGCUAUGAACAUUGUGUGUGAGGAGACAGGUCUCUGACCUGAAAUGCGCUGCUUGAAAGACACUAGUGACCAUUCUUUUUCUUCUCAAAACAAAACUUCUUAUAAAAUAUGCUAAGAUUUUAUUUACAGGGAAUUCUUCGACACGUUUCAAUUGCUGCGUAGUCAGGUAGAGCGAGUGCUGAAUAAUGAUCGGCUUUCAUGUUUCCAGAGCCACGCAUAUUCAUCAGAAGUGACAGUGUUUUGUGUUGUUGGUCUGUUCUUUGUUGGUAGGUGGAAAGGCACUGAAAGAAGUACAGGUUUUUAAACUUGAAUAAUUCUAUAGUUAUAGCUCCUUAGAAAGCUUAGUCACAUAGCCAUGGAAAGGAAAGAAGGCAUCAGAAGUGACUUAAUUUAGCACUUAUGAUUCCUUUUGUAAAACAAAAAACAAAAAAAAAAACAAUGCCAUAUUUUUUGGAGAAAAGUUAGACUAUAUAAGGGAUUUUGUUGUCUGUUUCAAAAGAAGACUCAUUUGUGUUCUUUUGGGGAACCAGUGCCUUACUGAAUUUGUAUAUACUGUAAUUAUUCAGAACUAGGGAACAAACAAUUGUAUUUGUUACAAAUUGUAUAUGGCUUUGUUUUAACAUUCCCCCUAAUAAAAUGGUUUCAUUCUCCCCUUGGAAA